UUGAAUGUUAUGGCAAUUGAAGACAUCAUUUGAUCACAAGAAGCGAAUCCCAUUAAAGCAAAGAUUCAGUUAAUAGUCUUAAGUGGUGUUUGGAUUGAAUCGACAACUCAUUUGUUGUAAACCAUAAACUGUUGUUCAGAAAACCCAUUGUUUGGUGUGAUUUAGUGAGGAAUAGACUGAUAAUCGCAAACAAUGGGUCUUCACGGCGGCGGUGAAGAGUCACUGACGAGUGGGUCCAGCGGUUGGGGAACACUUCCACCAAUGAAUUCAUCGUCUGCCGAGUGGGGCAGCGGUUCCGCAAAUCACACUUCAAGUGCUAAUCAUUGGCCAAAUUCUUCGCGACAAAUGGCGAACUGUGAUCAAACUCUGUCGACAUCUCCGAAGCCUUCGAGUUCAUGGGCUCAGGCGGCCGGCAAAGGACUGAACAAUGGACCCAUUGGACCAAACCAUGAUCUCAGUGUGUUUGGCAAUAAUGAUAAUUCCACUAAACGACAAACCAAUAGUGAUUUCCAACAAAUUAACAGUGAAAUUAAAGACACGGCUCUCGUCUCUGACAACUGGGGAAUAACUGUGAUAAACCAGGACUCACCCUGGAAACUCCCUCCGUCCCCUCAGUCAAGUCCAAGAGAGGUUAGUAGCAGUGCUUCGCAGUGGAAGAGCAGCACAAGUUCAGGCACUGAGAUCUGGGAAAAUACCGUCCGUCACAAAACCAAAGGACCGACGCCUACGCCCACCGCCCAGUCCUCGUCGGGGCAGUCGUGGGGUCCGCACACGCCCUCUACUCAUAUCGGCGGCACUUGGGGUGAGGACGAGGACAACACCAACCACUGGACUGGUGUUCCCCAACACAACCAACACAACCCCGCGACCAACCAAUCCAACACCAGUUCGUCGAGCAGUUGGUCAGCAAACGCCUCCAUAGCUAACAAUAAUACUAUGAAUAAUAGUAGUAAUAAUAAUAAUAUCAAUAAUAAUAAUAAUAACGGAAACAAUAAUAAUCCGACUAAUAAUAUGCAGUGGAAUCACAACUCAGAUAAUAGUAAACACAAUAACUCGGAGAACAACAGCUCUCGACACAACUCGGAGGGCAGACAUAACGCCGAGAACAGACCCAAAAUGAACCACAACUCCCAAUGGGCUGAUUAUAAUAAUGAACAAAACGAUUCCAACGGAUCAGAGCCUCAAUGGAACGAUGCGAAGAGCGGCGGCGAAUCGUUCGGCACGUGGGCUCCGGAGUCGACUCACAAGAAAGACGGUUCCGGUUGGGACAAAGACUCAGCUGAGGGUCGGGGCGGUAGUUACGACGACGGGACGGCCGUAUGGGGUAAUCCUGUGCGCCAGGGAAAGGUGUCGCACUGGAAGGCCGAGGCGGCCGCCGCUGCUGCUGCUGCCGCUGCCAAACCCAUCACACAGACAGUCCUGAACCCGAACGGCAAUACAACUUCGAGUGGAAUGUCUGCAAUGAUUCCUUCUAGUCCUGGAAUGAUUCGACUGCCGGCCGGUGCGCCCAUUGCUGGCAAAAACAACGGCGAGAAUUGGGGCAAACCUUCUCCGCCCAUUCCCAGCAGUCGAGGAAAUUCGUGGUCAGAGGCGUCUACUCAUCGCGAUUCGCCCGCAAACAGUACUACCGGUUCUCUAUGGUGUGACUCCGACGCCAAGCCUACUAUGAAUCGAACCCCGAAUACACCGAAUUGGGCCGAGUCUUCGAACUCUAGUCCACUCGCCUAUUGGGCAGCGAAGCCGAAGGCAACUAAUAAUCAGAAUAAUCAGAACUCGAAUUGGAGUGACGGCCAAAUCGACACAAGCAGUUGGGGCGGACCUAAACAGGGAAAGCCUCUCUCCAGAGAUAUUAUAUGGGCGAGUAAACAGUUCCGCAUUCUUACUGACAUGGGCUUCAAGAAAGAUGACGUCGAGAAUGCUCUUCGAAACAGUUCUAUGAAACUCGAGGAAGCAAUCAAUGAACUGAAGAACUCGUCCCCACGAGAUUCCAAUGCCAUGGAUUUGGAGAAUAUGCAGCGCUUUAAGGGGUCAGGGAUGGGUUCGAGCAAUACUCCUAGUCUACUUAGCAACACAUCAGGCAUUGCCAACUCUAGUCUUUCCAGUAUUAGCCGAAACCCUUUGGGAUCAAUUCUGCCGCCACCACAUCAACCAACAGCUCAGACACAGUCAUUCACACAAGCCAAUCAGGUUCAAAGUGCCUUAGGAUCGAACCCGAAUGGAAGUCGCAUCGGUGGUAGCGCACAGUCCAAUCAAUCCAAUACAGCUAAUCUCCGACUCCUCGUACAACAAAUUCAACUGGCAGUUCAUGCCGGACAUCUCAAUGCACAGAUCUUGAACCAACCCCUGGCACCGCCAACACUCCAACUCUUGUAUCAAUUGUUACAACAGAUAAAGUUCUUACAGCAGUUGCAGGUGUCGGCGAACCAACACAGCAAAACCGGUGCCACAAACCCGGGCGGAGUGCCGGCCCUCCAGUCGUCAAUCAAUGUACAACUCACUCAAACAAAGCAACGUAUUCUUAACCUUCAGAACCAAAUCGCCGCACAACAGGCGAUCUUCUUGAAAGAGCAGCACCAGAGCCAACAGAUAGUACCACAAACUCCCAACGCUAUGAUGGGCACCGGCUCUAACGCCAACACAUCGACAAUGCAUUCACAGCAGACUUCCAAUAACGACUUCUUCAAGAGUCCACAACCAGACAACUCACUUGUGAUAAAUAAUGACAGAGACAUCGGCUCUCAAUCGUUGUCCCGCUUUCAGACCACUUGGAAGCCAGCGUUCAAUAAAGAAGACAAUAAAGUCAAUGUUAAUAAUAUGAUACCCAAUGAGUUUAGUCGAGCUCCGGGACCAUUGCCUAAACAAAGCCUAUCCAGAAGUGAUGUCCCGAACUGGACUGGAUUUGGCCAAAACGAUGAGUCAAGCGGUUGGCCUUCGGACGUGACGGUGAACUCGAUGUCGGGUUUGAAUCUGAAGCACAACGACUUGAAGGAUAUGCCGAACGCGCUGUCGGGUGGUCUGCCGGACGCGUACAACGCUCUGAACGAUAUGGUGCCGGAGUUCGAACCGGGAAAGCCAUGGAAAGGCAACUCGAGUCUCAAGAGCAUUGAAGACGACCCGACCAUUACUCCGGGAAGUGUCAAUCGCUCUCCGCUCUCAAUCAACACAAUCAAAGACCCGCUUUUCAAUUGGCCCUCAAAGCUGAGUCCGGGAACGCCUAACACUAACGCCGCCGACUCGUUGUUGUCAUUGUCUUCAAGUACGUGGGCUUUCACUCCGCCUUCAAAUCCGCACAUUAAUUAUAAUACUGUCGACAAUAAUAAACCUAAGAAUAACCUGAAAUCCCCGUCCAAUUGGGGAGCACUCAAUGCUGAGCUUCAAUUGAACGCAUGCACUGACGGCCUGUGGAGCGGCGGUUCGGUUUCCAAGACUAGCCGUCCGCCACCCGGGCUAACGCCUCAGAUCAAGAGUCCGGCCACAACUCUGCCCAACUCUGGAACUGUCAAUCCGACAGUGAGCUCAGCUCACAAUCUCUGGAAUCCAGACAAUCGUCAGAACGGCUCCGAGUUUCUCCUCCUUCGCAAUCUUACGCCACAGAUCGACGGCUCAACACUGAAGACCUUAUGUCUACAACACGGGCCGCUGCAACUGUUCCACUUAUUCCUAAACCACGGCAUAGCUCUGACCCGAUACUCAACUCGCGAGGAGGCGACCAAAGCUCAGUCAGCUCUGAAUAACUGCGUUUUAGGCAAUACUUCAAUAUUGGCUGACAUCCCACAAGAGGCAGAGGUUCAGCAGUAUCUGCAGCUUAUCUCAGGUGGUGGUCAACAAAUAGCAUCCAAUUCGCUAAACAAUCCCCUAAACUGGUCCCAAAACGGCCAAAACAGCAGUUCAUCGAAUGGCGUGAACCAGUCAUCGGGUCUGUACCGGAACGCCAACAGCUCUCUCCAAUUCGCCGGAACCUCCAACUCGACACCAUCUAAGAUGGACUCGAGUACUACCUCUCCGGGUUGGAACACAUCGGGCAUGAGUUUGUGGCCGUUCUCUAAUUCCGGCAAUAACUUAUGGAGCGCUCCAUCCGGUGCUGCUCUCAAUGCUCAGGACAGGAGCACUCCCUCUUCAAUCCAAAGUCUAUUACCCGGCGAUUUACUUGGAGGCGAAACUAAUUAACACAUCCACACACAGUGAUCACCACAACAAACCACAUACACAACAUAUAUAUGUAUAUCGUUCUGUAUGUAUGGUAUAUAUAUAUGUAUGUCCGGCGCCGCACCCAUACAUACAAGUCUACGAUAUUUUCUAAUUUUAAU